AUGAAAAGAUGUACUGCUGUCCUUAACACUGCCAAUGGGGUAGCUGUGGGUGGAGCAACCCUUCCAAUUUGGAAGGAACACUUCAAGACCUUGCUGAACCGGCUAGCACCGUCAGCUCCUGAAUGCGAACACGUUCAUAGACCGACAUAUGCGGUUAACGAGAAGUCACCGACCGAGUCGGAGGUCCUGGUCUGUAUCCAAAAGAUGAAAAAUGGAAAAUCUGGUGGAGACGACGGAAUUGGCGCAGAAAUGCUGAAAUAUCUUCCCCCGUCUGGGAUUCGUGAGAUGACAAAGAUCAUCCGUUCAAUAUGGAUAGACGAAAGGAUACCUGACUCGUGGAGACACGCUAUUAUAAUUCCCCUCAACAAGAAGUUAUCCAUCACGGACCCUAGAAAUUAUUGA